CCGAACUAACGCGAGAUUUCAGAUUUCCGACCGUUUGAAAACUUGAGUUGCGUCUUCAACUUUAUUAGCUUCUCUGGUGUCUAGCUGUUCACCUAGGUUUCGUAUAAUCGGUGGUCUUUAAGUUUAGGAUGGAAUUUCAAGGCACGGAACCAAUGACUCUGGGUUCCCCGACAUCACCCAAGCCCGGCCCGGGUGCCCAGUUUCUCCCCGGGUUUUUGAUGGGGGAUCUGCCAGCGCCUAUCACUCCCCAGCCUCGGUCAUUUGGAGUCAUGGAUAUGAGGUCACCACUUCAAACAGGUGGCUCUCCCCCUCAACCUGUGGUUCCUACACCCAAAGACAAGAGUGGGGCCCCUCCAGUCAGGAGUAUCUAUGAUGACCUCUCCUGUCCCGCUGUCGGGAUGUCCCCUAUGGGUGCACAUAAACAGCCAUUCUCAAUGAUGCACACCCCGCUGUCUGGCUAUAUGGCUGUCACACCAGGAACAGCAUCCAGUCUCUUUAGUCCUACUACCAUCGGGCAGCAGGCCAAGUCAACAAUGUCUCCAGCCCAAGUAGACCCUUUCUUCACUCAGGGAGACGCACUGUCUUCUGAAGACCAUCUAGAUGAUACAUGGAUCACUGUAUUUGGGUUUCCUCCUGCCUCUGCGUCUUAUAUUCUGUUGCAGUUCGCCCAGUAUGGAAACAUAACGAAACAUGUGAUGUCCAACACUGGUAACUGGAUGCACAUUCAAUAUCAGUCUAGACUCCAAGCAAGAAAAGCUCUAAGUAAAGAUGGGAAGAUUUUUGGCGAGGCUAUAAUGAUUGGUGUUAAACCAUGCAUCGAUAAGAAUGUGAUGGAGAGCUCAGACCGAGGCGCUACCUCCUCUGGCUCAGUGUUUACACCUCCAGUCAGAAAUGGAACCCCCAGCCACCAUGUCUCUACACCUCGCUCCUCUAUGAGGCCCCUCAGUGCAGCCUACAAGGCCUGCAGCAGUGACUACCAGGUGGUGGCAGACGAACACACCCCAAGGAAAGACGACAGUUUGGUUUCUAAAGCGAUGGAGUACAUGUUUGGCUGGUGAGACGGUCUCCUCCGAUUGGCCCGAGCGCUUUUUAUAUUAUUAAAAACUGGGGGGGGGGGACCCGACAGCAGCCUUCUGUCAUCACUGUGUUGUGGAGUUUGUAUCCUAAAUGGUACCCUAAUGGCCCAAUUGACCCUGGUCAGAAGUAGUGCACUACAUAGGGAAUAGGGUGCCAUUUGAGGAUCAUCCAGUGUGUCAGUGAUUUGGGCGAACCAAGCCGAUGUGGAUUUCCUCAACCCUGCGACGACUAUACAUUAUGUGGUGAUUUGAGUGGACGGGAUUUUGACUAAACAAACACCGGAUGUUGACAUUGAAUGAAGUGUUUUUUUUGUGUGUUUUUUUGUGUGUGUGUGCAGGCGUCACAGUGUUGACCUGACGAACACAAACUUACAUAUUUUCUUAUUUGCUGCUCUUGAGGAUAAUUUUUUUUUUUAAAGGCUCUUUCAUAUGAGUUGAUGUCAAAUGAAUCCCACGUAAAUCAAGACGUUGUUAUUUCUCAAAUGUCCCGAUUUCCUACGUAGUGGUGUACUACUGUUGACCAGUACCCAUAAGGGUCUGAAUGGAAUAGGGUGCCAUUUACAGUAUCUUAAUUAAGUGCUGCUUUGACAGGUGGACGUGAAGGUUGCACAUCAGUAUCCUCUGUUUGAUGGUGCAGGUUUCUUUUUGAAAAUAUUCUUCCCCUCCUAAGUGGUUCAUUAGUAAACAACGGUAAAUAUAACAGGAUCAGAGCUAAGAAUUGUGAUUUUUAUAUACGAAAUGUCUUCUUUGUGUGCUGUCAAACAUUUAAGUGUUUUAAAAAAAGAAAAAAAUCUCUCAACUGUCGGUGUACCAAGUGUCUCGUCUUAU